UGCAAGCGCGUUCGUUGCUAGGCAACAAGCAUGCGCGCUGACCUACACAAAGUGGAGGUUGAAAGAGCAUGCGCUGAUGAAUGCGGAGGCAGCGGUGAGGGCGUGUACCAACGCUCUUGGCGCCGGGAUCAAUUGGUUGGCGGGCGUGGCCAGCGGGCUGGCUCCUCCCCCACCCGGCGGCAGCGUGCGCUCCCAGCUGCCUUCCCCGUGCGCCCCGCGCUCACCCGGCUUGCGCACCCGAGCCCAUGCCCCCAGCACCACGCGGCCGGUCAGCGUCAUGUGCGUCCCGCACACCAUGGAGACGGGCAAACACCACAAUUCAUCGGACACAGGCCAGGGGCAUGGACAUGGUGGGCGCGGUGGAGGAGUGCCACUCGAACCCUUUGUCCACCAGGUGGGUGGCCAUACCAGCAUGAUGCGCUAUGAUGACCACACUGUCUGCAAGCCACUCAUCAGCCGAGAACAGCGCUUUUAUGAGUCUCUGCCGCCUGAGAUGAAGGAAUUCACCCCAGAAUACAAAGGCGUGGUCCUGGUGUGUUUUGAAGGCGACAUGGACGGCUACAUCAACCUAGUAGCGUACCCAUACGUCGAGAGCGAAGGCCUGGACCAUGAAGAGCUGCCCGAGAGGGACCAACCGCGGCGGAAACACUCGCGCCGGAGCCUGCACCGCUCCAGCAGUGAGCAUAAGGAGGAAAGAGCACCCCAUGAAAGUGACAGCAACGACAAUCUGCAAGAGCUAAAGAGUCCACCUGACUUGCAGAUCUACUCCGACGUUCCCUUCCAAAUGCUGGAUGGCAACAGCGGCUUGAGCACAGAAAAGAUCAGCCACAACCCCUGGAGCCUGCGCUGCCACAAGCAGCAACUUAGUCGCAUGCGCUCCGAAUCCAAGGAGAGGAAGCUUUACAAAUUUCUGCUCCUUGAGAACGUCGUCCAUCACUUCAGCUGCCCCUGCAUUCUGGACCUGAAGAUGGGCACGCGGCAGCACGGAGACGACGCCUCCGAGGAGAAAGCCGCUCGUCAGAUGAAGAAGUGUGAACAGAGCACCUCCGCCACCCUGGGCGUACGUGUGUGUGGGAUGCAGGUGUACCAGAUGGACACGGGCCACUACCUGUGCCGCAACAAAUAUUACGGCCGAGGUCUGUCGAUCGAGGGCUUCCGCCACGCGCUCUACCAGUUCAUGCACAACGGCGCCGAGCUGCGGCGGGACCUUUUCGAGCCCAUCUUGAACAAGCUGCACAGCCUCACAUCCGUGCUCGAGCGCCAGGCCUCCUACCGCUUCUACUCCAGCUCUCUGCUCAUCAUCUACGAAGGCAGGGAACCCGAGCGGGCCGAGGCAUCCUCCGAGAAAGAGACCACCGCAGGGUGCCAGUCUCCGCCCCCGGACCCACCUCCGGCCCCGAAUAUUGACGUGCGCAUGAUAGACUUUGCCCACAGCACCUACAAAGGCUUCCGGGACGACCAGACUGUGCAUGACGGGCCCGACCAGGGCUACGUGUUCGGACUCGAGAGCCUCGUCAACAUCCUCGAAGAGAUUCGCAAGGAGAACCAGUAGCAAAAACAAAAAAAACGGAUCUUUCGCCUCAGCGUUUUUGUUACGAACCCCCACUUCCUCCCUCAUCCUCACUUAUUUCUGUACUGUCUACAUGUACUGUCUACAUGGUGGCAGAGACAAAACCUGACGUUUCUGUGAAAGGUGACACUUUGAGACAAGCAGGGUGGUUUGGUCCCCUGCGUCUUUCAGCCAUCAGCACUAAGAGCACGGCGGGUGUUACGAAGCUUUUCGAAUAUAAGGGGGAAUUGGAGGUGACCUCUGGCUGGGUCUGUACUUGCUCCCCCCUUCAGAAACGGACACAAAUGGCAGGAACGGCACCGUGAAACAGGAGCGGGAUUGUUUUUUGUUUUCUUUGUUUUUUUGCCCGUCCUGUGGAUUCGUCGCCACCGUGUGGCCAUUUGAGGUUUUGCAGUCAGAUAGGAGGAAGCAGCCACAGCUCAGGGCAAGUCCAGGGUCAAGUCCUUUUUACAUUGUCCGGUGGAGGAAAUGUGAGCGUGUGUGUGCGUGUGUGUGCGCGAGUGUGUAUGGAGGAUAGCAAUGUUUGGGGAAUAGAUCCCCACUGCAGUAUUCCUACAGGGGCUCAGAAAAGGGAGCAGUUAUGAAAGCUUUACUGUAAAAUAAGGGUGGAAGGCUGACCAAGCCCACCCUCUUGAUAAAAAUAAAAAAGGUGAUUCCUACCUUGUCCUAUCAAGUACCAUCCGCAGCCUAGCUGUGCAAACAAAAUGCUGUUUGAGAUCACAUGCUUUUUAAAAUAUAUUUUUUUAUGUUACAUAAAAUAAGGUUAUUUCUGCAGUUAUUCACUUCAGUUAGAGCCAACAUUUCAUUUUGGCAUUUUUUUCCUCAUUAUUUUUUAGUUUCUUUUUGUUUUGUUUUUUGCAUUAAUGUCCUUUCUUUUAGGGUUUAUGGUAGUACUGCAAGUCCUAGUGACAGCGUGUAUAUCUGUAGACCCCCCCUUUUUUUUUUUUUCCCCCUCUGACAUAUGAUUAUGCUGAAAGAGAUCCUUCUUAACUUUUGCACUUUUAAAUUGUGCUCUAAAACCAUCCAGCAUGGUUCUCCGAUUCCAAACCCUUUCGCUUUCACCUUGCCAUUUUAAAUUCCUUGUUUAAGGACUGUUCACACAAUCGAAUGAAUUAUUCACACAUUCAGAGUAAAAUGUCCUUCAGCACAUGUAGCAAAACGAGUAGAGAAUUCACCUUUGCUUUCCUUUUUGCUAGUCGUAUCCCCUUCUCCCGUCACCACCUGGUUAGGGUGUUGUGUGUAUGUGUGUGCGUGAGUGUGUGUGUAUGUGUGUGCGUGAGUGUGUGCGCGUAGAUGGAACUAUAGCCAUUGUCUUUUCUGGUGAUCAGUGGUUUCUUUUUCCUCUCUGGCACACCACAGACUUUUCUUUUAUUCCGGAUCGUCGUCUCCGUGUGUUCGAAUGCGACGCCUCGUCCUGCCCAUGUAUACUGCGUUGAAACGAUCACUGUUAUAUUGUGAUCACUGACCUUUAUAGAGGCACCACCGAUUUGUAUUGUAAUGAAGAAUCAAGAGUGGUCAUCACUAGUCUAGACUAGAUUCGUCCUGCUCUUGGAUAUCACAAGGAUAGACAACCGAUUUUGCAUAGUCCACUCGUCUCGGGUAAAAGCCCUCGUUCUCUUUGUCACGUACAUCACUGUGUACAGGGAAAACCCCAGACUUAAACUGUUUUCAUAAUCAUUUGUCCAAAUGCAAAGCAGAUAUACUGUGUGACCUACAUAUCUGAAUAUAUAUAAUAUAAUAUAAUAUAAAUAACUGACCAUUUUGCUGUGCAGACAUUUAUCACAGAGCAGUUGAUUUUAAAGAAAUAAAA